GGCUGGUCACACAAGAACCAAGCUCCACCACCGCACUCUCGCUCCGACGUCGUCGCGGUCGGCUUGCAUCUUGGCACGUACGUACUCGCCAUGGCUUCCGACCAGCCGUUCGCGAGAGCACUGGCGGCCAUCUGCGUAGGCUUCUUCGUCAUCCUAUGCUGCUCGCCACAAGCAGCGCGAGCCGUGGACUACACGUUCGCCCGGGACGCGACGCGGGCGCCGGCGGUGUCGUACUACGACUACAUCAUCGUGGGCGGCGGCACGGCGGGGUGCCCGCUCGCCGCCACGCUGUCGCAGCGCUUCCGCGUGCUCCUGCUGGAGCGCGGCGGGUCGCCCUACGGCGACCAGCGGGUGGAGAACAUGACCCACUUCACGGCCACGCUCGCGGACACGUCCCCGGGGUCGCCGGCGCAGCGCUUCGUGUCCGAGGACGGCGUCAUCAACUCGCGCCCGCGGGUGCUGGGCGGCGGCAGCUGCAUCAACGCCGGGUUCUACACGCGCGCCAGCGACGAGUACGUGAUGGACGUCGGGUGGGACCUCGAGGCGGCCAAGGCGGCGUACCGGUGGGUGGAGGACGUGGUGGCGUUCCACCCGGAGCUCGGCCCCUGGCAGGGCGCGCUGCAGAGGGGGCUCAUGGAGGUCGGCGUCGCGCCGGACAACGGCUUCACGUUCGACCACAUCGACGGGACCAAGGUCGGCGGCUCCAUAUUCGACGACGAGGGGCGGCGCCACACGGCCGCCGACCUGCUGCGGUACGCGCGCCCCGAGGGCAUCGACCUGCUGCUCCGGGCCAGAGUGGCCAAGAUCCUCUUCAACGUCGGAGGGCGCCGGGCACGGCCGGUGGCGCACGGCGUGGUGUUCCACGACUCCAGAGGGCGGAUGCACAAGGCCUACCUCAACACCGGCCGCCGCAACGAGAUCAUCCUCUCGGCGGGCGCCUUGGGCAGCCCGCAGCUGCUGAUGCUCAGCGGCGUCGGCCCCGCGGACCACCUGCGCUCCUUCAACAUCACCCUCGUGCUGAACCAGUCGGCGGUCGGCCAGGGCAUGGCCGACAACCCCAUGAACGCCAUCUUCGUGCCGUCGCCUUCCCCCGUCGAGGUCUCCCUCAUCCAGGUCGUCGGCAUCACCCAGUUCGGCAGCUACAUCGAGGGCGCCAGCGGCUCCAACUGGGCCAACCCGCGCCACCAGGGCUCCGGUGGCAACCGCCGGCCGCCCCGCAACUUCGGCAUGUUCUCUCCCCAGACUGGGCAGCUGGCCACGGUGCCCCCGAAGCAGCGCACGCCGGAGGCGAUCGCGCGCGCGGCGGACGCGAUGAGCCAGCUCGACGACUCGGUGUUCCGCGGCGGCUUCAUCCUGGAGAAGGUCCUUGGGCCGGCGUCCACGGGCCACCUGGAGCUGCGGAACCUCAACCCGGACGACAACCCGGCGGUGACGUUCAACUACUUCUCGCACCCGGAGGACCUCCGGCGCUGCGUGGAGGGGUUGACGCUCAUCGAGCGCGUCAUCCAGUCCAAAUCCUUCGAGAACUUCACGUACCCCUACUUCUCCAUGGAGGAGCUGCUCAACAUCACGGCGGAGUUCCCCGUGAACCUGCUGCCGCGGCACGACAACGACUCCAAGUCGCUGGAGCAGUUCUGCAAGGACACCGUGAUGACCAUCUGGCACUACCACGGCGGCUGCCAGGUCGGCAGGGUCGUGGACGCCGAGUACCGGGUGCUCGGCGUCGACGCGCUGCGCGUCAUCGACGGCUCCACGUUCAACGCCUCGCCGGGAACCAACCCGCAGGCCACCGUGAUGAUGCUCGGCAGGUAUAUGGGUGUUAAGCUGCGAGACGAGAGAGUGCACGCUGAAGGAUUAAGGAGGAGAAAACUGUAGUCCACUCGAUGAAGAUUGGCAGGCACAUUAUGCAUUUGUAACUGCAGUAUGUGAACUAUGGUCACGGACUAGAAUUCAAUUGGAAUGAGUUGCGCGUCAUUAUUGGAAGCGCGUGUUCGUUUGUACCGUUAUCAACACGAAAUCUGUAUUGUCUGAAGAAAAAUUAAAUUUGUAUUGUACUUCCUCUGUAAACUAAUAUAAGAGUGUUUAGAUAA